UGGGUUGAAACGUAGAAAAAGAGGGACCUGCAGUUUGAAUGCGCGAGCGCAAAACAAAAUUCCUAUAGGCAAAUAUAAAGAGCAAGUACGUGAUGCUGGUGGUAGUGGGGAAUAUCUCAACGAUCUAUUUAUAUAAUCACAGAUACAUCGGCUUGAACUACUCUAAAUUUAUCCUGGGUAUGCUCAAUAGUUAGAGAUAAAAGAAACAAGUUUAGAGGUGUAAGUUUGGCACAGGUAUGUUAACCAAGUGGCGAUUAGAGGGACGGGAGGAUGGGGAUGGUGAUGAGGGGAGAUUAGCAUUGUAGAGUGUCUCGUCUGAAGUAGUUGGUGGAUGCUGACCGUGGUCCUUUUUGUUCUUGGGCACUCAAACUCCGGUUUUCAUUAUCGGAGGUUGAGUGGAAUUGGAAGAGUGGAGGCAAUAUGGGGGUGGUGAUUGUUGAGAAAUAGGAAGGAGUGGAGAUAUUAUGGAGGGGCAAGACGUCAAGGGCCGAUCGCGAGCCUCAUCAACAUCCAGCUACGGCAGAGAAGUGCGAUGCGGUUGUCAGUAUUUCCAGAGUGACUCAUUGCUACCAGAAAGACGUGCCAUGAUGAUGAGGCCCUCAUCGAGAAAUGCUAAUCCAAUGACAACGUCUGGUACCUGUGAUCAUGAGUAUGAGCCGGUUGGCGCCGCGUGGGCACCGAGGACAAUGGCCCCGGCUACGGCGCCAGUUGUGAGGAUCAUCGACACGGACGUCGUGCCCGUCGCCGACAGCGAUGAUAGCAUUGACGUGAAAGGCCGAUUCACUCCUGGUCCGGUCCUUGAUGAUGACGAUGUGGUACUUCCCCUCGAUGGACAGAUUGAGGACAACGCCAUGGAAGCUAGAGAGCUCGGGAGUGGUGAUACGUCAGACGACCUGGAGCAUGAAACUGCACAGCAACUGCAGGAUCGACUUGAAGAGCGAUUCCUGAAUACUGCUACACCCGGCACCGAAUCCAGGACUGAUGGCGAAGUCAAUACCAGUCAGGUGGACUCAUCGGUAAUGGAGGAAUUACCACUGCGCCGUGGUGCCCGUGGUCUUCCCCAGCGUUUGCGCUCUCAAGCCGGAAAACUACGUUCCCGUAUAAAAGGCAUUCAACGACCCCAUUUUACUUUUCCAAUCGAACGAAAAAAAUCGCCCAAAGUGCGCUCAUCCGAGCGAUCAAAAUCCUCUGAUAAAACAAGAUCAUCCGAAAAAUCAAAGUCACCAGAGGGUUCACGUAAACGUGAAUCAACUAAAGAUAAACCCAGUAGGAUAGAUCGAAUAAGAUCAUCACUGCCUGACCGACCGAAAUUCUCCCUCCCAGAUAAAUCAAAAUUCCCAAACUUCCCAAAACUACCGAGCAGAUCGAGCUUUCACUUGCCCAAUCUACCGGGUAGACGUAAAACCCCAAGCCUUGGGGAGCAACAGAGACAGCACUCGAGUGAAUCUACUGCAGGGUCAAGAAGAAAUAUUUUUGACUUCUCCACUGUGCCAAGACUCUUCGAUCGCAAGUCAAAGGAGCACGGCGAGUAUGCCACAUCAUCGCCUAAGGAUUCCAGAGCACAGUCAUCUGAGAGCACGACCUUACCAAGAGUAAAAAAGUCCAAGACAUCACUUGGAAGUCGAUGGACUGCUCGAUUCACGGACAUUAAACUCAAAGAUGAACAGGAGAUAGAGAAACCUUGGAAGCAUCCUAACUUGGAGAAGCCCAGACUCUCCUUACGUGGGCAGGAAUCUGUAGAAGACUCCGAACCAAUUGCGUGGAUUGACGAACAUCGAGCUAGCAUCCAAGACGAAGGACUCCCAUAUGAUCUACAAGGUUCAAAACCGGAGAUAAUCGAGGAGACGACCAUCCCCAAAUUAUCCAAGAUAAUUCACCGCGAUUCAGAGGAAUCCUACGAGCCAGAACCCCCACAAAUUGAUCCAAGAAUGUACGGCGAUCAAGACGUUGCUCGUUUGGAAAGAGAGGAACUGCAACGAGAAGUUUACAGAGUUUCCUUUGGAGCUGUUGAUCCUCAAGAUAUCCGCAAGAAACGACUCCCAUCCUCGGAAGGAAGAGAUUCAGAGAAUGAGGGGGGAGUAGGAAUGGAUGAUCGAGAACCGGAGGAAGAGGAUCGUUACUCAACUGAACCGGAGGAUGAAUCCGCGCCAUCUGAUCGAGAACAACAGGCAUCAAGCGGAAGUUCCUACGAAAGAAGACGUCGAGGUGUCAUUGAGGAGAUAGACUCAGAUGAAAUUUUCGUGAGGGUCAAAGGAAUUAGCCAGGACGACAUGACAGUGGCAAAGUACUUGACCUCGGAGAUACGAGAGGCUUUGAGAGCGCCAGGAAAUGCAUUAGCGGAUGAGAUAAUUGUCCUCGAAUCGCCGCCUCAGCCGCCUCCUCGACGCCCUGCGCGCAAGAGAAAUCUUCGGCAACGAAAGGAAGAGUCUUUAGAAUCCAUCGAAAAUAUUCCCCCCAACAGACCCAAACGGAUCUUACGAAGAAGUGAAGAAUCAGAUUAUGGAUCAAAUAUCAUAGACAACUCUGACAGUCUCUCGGGUUCUCAUCAUCGCAUCGUCUACCAUGCAGAAUCAGCACCAAUGGACCUGAGUCAUGUCGAGCCUCUCGAUGACAUUAUUGUGGUCAAACCUCUGCGAAGAAAAUCCAGAUCUUCUUUGAGAAGUUCUUCUCUAGUCCCUUCCGAGCCAAUUCUCGAGAUUUCCCCCGAAGUGUCUCCCCCGCCAGUUCCUCAGAGACGUAAACGCCGUGCCCGAGAAGUGAAACAGCAAAUAAAUGGGAUAGAAUCGUGCAAUGGACAUCAUACACCAGAACUGGACUCCUGGAGAACUGAAAUCACACGACCACAGUCUGAACCUCCAGUGAAACCCGCACGAAUGCCUAGUAGAGAAACAGUGAACAUAAUUACUCAAGUAGAAGAUGAUUACAUUGAACCGCAAGCAGAACUAGACCUAGAACUUGAAGUGGAGCACGUCCCUAUCCCACCGAAGAGACGUUCAAGAUCAAGAGGAACCUCAAUAUUCCAGGAUGAUGAUGUAAUUUCACGAGGAGCUGAAUCUUUAGAUGUAGCAUAUAUAGAUGACGAAGAAGAGGAUAAUGAAAGAGUUUCGAGAGACAACGACACCGACUCUCGAGGAAAUUUCCCUGGUUACGCAGUUAUUGACAAGAAAGAGAAGCCUCCGAGACCUGCACCCCCUAGAAGACGUCGAGAUAAAUUCGCAACAACUCCGAGACGAUCUUCAGGGCCCUUGAGACCUCAAAGGGCCUACAGUACACUCCGUCCAAGGUCUUAUGAUCGCCCAGAGGAGGAUCGAGUGACACCUUACGAUGAGAUUGAUCCAGAAGAGGGAAAUGGAUUAGAAGACAUUGAUGGCGAACACCUCCGGGAGCUCAUGAGUGGCCAGGUGAUGAUGAAGAUGGCAGGAAGACCCUUACCUGCUCCUCCUAGACCUAUCCGUACGAAAGGGAAAGAUAAAGCACAGGAACGACGAGAUGAAGAACAAGACUUGCCGACUUACGCCUCUUCCACACAGACUGAUCCCCUACCAGAUGACAUGGUCAUUGAGGAAGAAAUCAUACAGGCUAGAGCUGUCAUCACUCCUUCAUUAACAGGAUCGCAGAUCCUGGUGUCCACUGAACGAAUCCCCACUCCCCGUCCGUUUCAAAUUACAGCGAUUUCCCACGAAGAAAUACCUAGUCUAGAUCACGAUGUUUUGAGAGGAACAUCAACAAGAUCCGAACCAGAAUUAGCAAGAAAACGAAGAGAUGAUACCCCCGAGAGAGAUUUCGAUGUUCCUGAUGUACCACCUCUUCCAUCUCAGAAAAUAUCUUCAGAAUUUCCAGAUGUUCCACCACAACGACCACCGAGAACUAGAAGUCAAAGUCUCUCAGUACGAGGGGACGACACCCACGACCCAAGAAUAACCGCAAUUGAGGAGUUGGAGGAGAGAUUAACGGCUUUACUAACCAGUGAGACAUUUAAAAUAGCGAAUCUGGAAGUUGGGGAUUUACGAGUGGAUAAACUGAGUGUUUCAACAUUGGAGGCCCAUAAAAUAGCAGUAUCUGAAUUAGAUGCUAUUGUGGUGUCAGCAUCGGAGAUUACUUGUGCUGAGGACGAUGAGCCUGUGAUUAAUCCCUCAUUAUUGAGAGAACUGGUAGCAAUUAGAAAUCAAUUGGAGGCUGUAGCAGCUUCUCAACCUCAAUCUUCCCCUGGAACCCCUUUCAUAGUGUCUGAGGAUUCCCCAAGUGACUCCAAGACUGAAUCAACAAUCAUCGAAGUCAAGGAAUCCAGGGCUGGGUCUCCAAAGCGCCAUCAAUUGCAAUUAGAACCUUUAUCGAAGUCGAUGGAAACUCGUGCAUUGUACUCAAGUCAGGGAUCUGAGCAAGUGCCUAUUCGAGAGAUUCACCACCAAGUGGAGUCUACCAAAGACGUGUCACCAACAUCAUCAAAAUCAACAUCCAGGGCAGAUUCUCCAAUGAGAACAACCACUACAGGAGCCUUAAUAAGCAGAGAAACCGCAUCUCCAGUCCGAUCGCUCCCCCCUGCCAUUUCAGUCACUCCUGACACGGUGGAGCCGUCCGCCCCACUAGAGGCACCAACGGUACCUCACAAGAAAUUUGAAACGUCCCAAUCAAAGCCACAACGUGCAACAAUAUCAUACUCAGCAGAAACUUCCCCAGAAUCCCCAGAAUCUCUAGAACGUUCAUCGCCGAUACCACCUCAGUUUAUCGCAUUUCAGACGUCCCAAAUACCUCCUCAAUUUUUUGCCCUCUCCUCACCACAAGUUCAAACUCCCCAACCAGCCCCUAACUCUGGCAACGAUGAACCAGGCGUUAUUGAUAUGACCCAGCAGUUAUUACGAGCAUUGAGACUAGCUGGCAAACGUGCAAUGCGUCACUUUGUGAGUUACGUUGUUUCCAGAGUUAGUCAGGAAGAGACCGAGGCAAAGAUCAGAGAGGUUGAACUGACACUCUGUGCUCUUCUACUGAUCAUUGCUGGGCUUCUCAUUGUUUGUUUUGCUGCUCCUAGAACUAUUAAUCACCAUCAUCACUGGGAUUACUUCAAUCCACCUCGGUUGUAGGGGUUAAACAUGAAACAUUUUUAUUUUCAAUUCCAGGUGACCCUGAACUAUCAAAACGUAAUUUAAUUUCUUUUCUUUUUUUGGUAUUAAAAACUCGAGACAUGACUAUACAAGUGACUUUGUAUAAUAAUCCUAUAACAUAAUUAAUAUUAUAUUUCACAUAUAUUUCUACAAUUGUUGAGUCUAUGAAUAAUUGUUACUUAUAUGCUUUAAUACAUGAAGUAUUCAUUGAUUACAAACAAAUGAACAAGAGAAUAGUCAACUAA